UUAUAACGUGCUGUUAAUAUCCCGCCUUCAUCUUCUGCGGCAGAGAUAUUUUCCCUCUCUCGAAUAUACCUGUUCGAGAAACUGAGAAAAUGCCUCUUAAGUUGCUGGAUGCGACUGUAUCAACCUUCGACGGUGUGUUUGAGAAGUUCAGAUCGGAGGCACCCAAAAACAAAGCCAAUUUAAUCCUAUUCUUGGCUGAUAAGGACCCGUCUACCAACCUCAGUUGGUGCCCUGACUGUGUGAGAGCUGAACCUGUAAUUUACAAGAAGCUGGAAGCAUCGUCAGAUGACAUUGCACUCCUGCGAGCUUAUGUUGGAGAUAGAACAACCUGGAGAAAUCCCCAGCAUCCAUGUAGAGUGGACUCGAGGUUCAAGCUCACUGGCGUUCCUACACUGGUCAGCUGGGAGAAUGAUGCAAUCAAAGGUCGCCUUGAGGACAAUGAAGCCGACCUCGAGCACAAAAUUGAUGCCCUUGUUUCUAGUAAAUAAGUCUUUUUCCCAUUAGAUGGUUGGGAAUCUUAUAUAUUGUAGUACUGUAAGCAUUUGCUUAUUUCUCAAGCAAAGCUUGUUAAUAAUGUUCAACUUUAAGCUUUAAGGAUCUAUGGAAGUGAUGUAUUACAAUGAAUUAUAGCUAAUUGGCUUGUGAAGAUGUUGGUAGUAUUAUAAUGAUAUGGAAGUACAAAAUGAAAUCACUUGCUCAGCUUGAGAAA